AUGGACUCCACCGCUGCUGCCGCUGCUACCGCGGCGGCGGCGGCGGCGCCGGUGCUGCUGGUAACGAACGACGACGGAAUCGACGCGCCGGGGCUCCGCUUCCUCGUCGACCAGCUCGUCGCCGCGGGGCGAUACCGCGUACUCGUCUGUGCGCCUGACACAGACAAAUCGGGUGUGAGCCACUCCAUCUCAUGGCGCACUGCACUCCGCUGUAAACGUGUUGAUAUAACGGGUGCUACAGCAUUUGGAGUUUCAGGAACUCCUGCUGACUGCGCUUCUUUAGGCAUCUCUGGAAAGCUCUUUGAUGGUUUGGUUCCUGAUCUGGUACUUAGUGGAAUCAACAUUGGAAACAAUUGUGGGUACCAUGUCAUUUAUUCUGGAACAGUUGCUGGUGCUAGGGAGGCAUUCUUAUAUGGGAUUCCUGCGAUAGCUAUGUCAUAUGAUUGGGUUGCGGGUCGGAGCAGUGUUAGUGACCUCAAGGUGUCUGCAGAGGUUUGCAUGCCUCUGAUAAAUGCUAUCGUGACUGAGAUCAAGAAUGGGACUUAUCCUCAAGGAUCAUUCUUGAAUGUAGAUGUACCAACAGAUGCUGCACACCACAAGGGCUACAAAAUUACAAAACAAGGAACAUACAUGGCCAGAAUUAGUUGGGAGCAAACGGUUUACAAGAAGCCUGCAGUAGAAAGUUACCAGACAGCAAACAUGGAUGUUGAUGGCGAAAAGGACAGUGAACUAGUUACUUCAGAAGAUGACCUACUGUUUAAGAGAGUGAUUGUAGGGAGAAGUUCCGAUGGAGUGGAAGGAGAGGAAAUGGACCACAAUUCCCUAGUUGAUGGAUAUAUCACCGUUACUCCUUUGGGUGCUCUUUCCCGCACAGAACCAGAUGCCAUACCCUAUUUCAAAGCUUGCGUCUCACGUCUGGUUGACAAUUUCUCUUCUCUUGGCCCUUCUUUUUCUAGAAGCAGAGUAGGAUGA